AUGAGAUCUCAUCUCUCCCUUACUCUCACCGGAAAAAGAGAGAGGGAUCCAUUUCUUCUUUUCUUCUUUUCUUUUUUCAACAUUUUCGUUUCGUGUACAGAUUUAAAAGGGAAAACUAUGAACAAGAUGAGAACAGAAUAAGGACUUGCUGAGAUCUGGAAGUUAUGAAUCAGAGGCAUUGAUCAGACUCCUCAGAGAUCUUUACUUGUUUAACUUCUUUCAUGGUCUUUUUGCAAGUUGAAUCAAAGCCCAGCACGGAAAAAUAAGAAUAUAAUCUGCCGAAUGAAAAUACAGAAUGGGGAGGAAAGGCAGCUGGUUUUCUUCCAUAAAAAAGGUUUUCAACCCAGAAUCAAAAGACAAGAAAGCAAGUAACAAAAACAAGAAAUGGGUUGAGAAAGAACAUUCUCCAGUUCCAUUAUCCUCAAAUGUAGAAACUUCCAAAUCAUCAACACUACUACCACUUCCUCCAGGUGAAGGGUUUAAAUUAGCAGAAGUGGUGGAAGAGCAAACAAAACACCCUUACCCUGUUGCAGUUUCCACUUCUGAAGCUUUUUUCCCAGCUUCUCACGCUGCUUCAGAAGUUGUUCGGUUUAGACAAGUUCAAAUUCCUGUCAAAUCCAAGGAAGAACGUGCUGCAAUCAAGAUUCAGACUGCUUUCCGAGGAUACCUGGCGAGGAGGGCUUUGAAGGCGUUAAGAGGGCUUGUGAGGCUUAAACUUCUUGUUGAUGGGCCAACGGUGAAACGACAAACCAUGAAUGCUUUGAAGUGUAUGCAGACUUUUUGUCGUGUACAGUCUCAGAUACACUCUAGAAGGAAUAGGAUGCUGGAGGAGAAUAGAGCACUACAGAGACAACUUUUGCAGAAACAUGCUAAAGAACUUGAGAACAUGAGGAGAGGAGAAGGAUGGGAUUAUAGUAUGCAAUCAAAGGAAAAAAUUGAAGCAAGCUUGCUAAGCAAGUAUGAAGCUGCCAUGAGACGGGAAAGAGCAUUAGCUUAUUCAUAUUCUCAUCAGCAAACCCGGAAGAAGUCAUCAAGAGCUUCCAAUCUAUUAUUGUUUAUGGAUCCAACCAAUCCUCAGUGGGGCUGGAGCUGGUUGGAACGGUGGAUGGGUGGUCGGUCUUUAGAUGCCCAAAACACUCCUGAUGGGGGAGAAACAAUUACCAAGUCAUUUGCACGUCAUCAGCUAAACAAUGAACCACCUGUGUCUUCACCAUCCAAGCUGCCCGUUUCUUCGGUGGCUGCCCGAAAACUGAAACUACAGAGCCCAAGAGUAAGCACAACAAGCCAAGAUGAUGAGGAUAUGAAAAGUACGAGUAUGAAAUCUGAGAGGAAUCGGAGGCACAGCACGGCGGGGUCCAAAUCAGUUAGAGAUGACGAGAGUUUGGCGAGCUUCCAGUCCACGCCGAGCUACAUGACACCCACCAAAUCGACAAAGGCUAAAACACGAAUGCAUAGCCCGUUAGGUUUGGAUAAUGGGACACCACAGAAUGGAUCAGCGGGUUCGGGUGUGAAAAAAAGGCUCUCUUACCCGCCUUCACCAGCCAAGCCUAGGCGGCAUUCUGGCCCGCCAAGGGUGGAGAACAUCAAUGUGGAGGUCAGCUAAUCAAUUCAUCUCAUCAAAAUUGUGUUGUAUCAAUGUGUAUGGUUGAUUCUACCUCGUUGUGCAGAGAAAAUAAAUGGAGCAGAGUGACAGAUGAAAGGAUUGGCAUAUACCAAGUAUAUACUUGUAAAAGUUCAAAUUGUCUACAGAAUUGUAUGGUUAUAGAUUCAUUGUUUUAUGGUCUGUCUGGUAACAGAUGAAGCCAACAUAGUUUAUUAUUUAUUGAGCUACAUCUUCAUGUUUACCUUAAUUGUUACACAUUGAAAUUGUAAUAACAUGAUAACGUAUAGUGUCAAUGUACCAAAGAUUUGGUUUUUUUCUAGAUACAGAUAACACUUGCCGUGUCC